ACCCGGAAAACUUCAAAGGAUAGGCCUAUUGUUUGGGUUUUGAUGUUGAACCAUACCAUCACGUGACCCUGACCGUGCACACAUUUCAAACAAAAUGGCGGACGACCAUAACAAUUUUGUAUUUGGAGGAGAUUUAGAAGCAAUCCUUGAUGCUUUAGAGGCCGACGAAGACAUAGAACAGGAAUUUAUGGAAGCUGUAGAUGAUGUAGAAAAGAUCGAAGUUGUUUGCGAACUUUGUGGUAAAAAGUGCAAAAGCAAGCGUGGUCUGAAACGACAUAAGACAAUGAAACACAAGGAAUUAAUCGAGGAACCAGUUGUCCAAAACUCAGUGGAAACUUCCGUCGGAGAAACAAUCAGAGCUGCAGACAAAUCGCUAACAACAGAUGACCUGGUAGUUAUGGUUGAACAAGUGAAGUUAAAACUCUCUAAUACCAUGGUCUAUCAAGAAAAUAUUAGAGAAGAGUUAAAGGCAUAUACUUUCGUAAGGCCUAGAGAAGAUUCGAAAGAACUUGGAGUUUUAAAAGAAGCCUACGAUGGAUUGCUGAAAAAUGGGAAUCAUGAAAAGUUUUACAGCAAGUACUACUCACAAAUUCCCUUACAUGCUGUCAAGUAUUUUCCAGGGCUGUCAAGAAAUGCAGCAACAUUGCUGUGCACUAAGCUUGCUGAUAGAAUGGUGUCAUUCAGUAGAGAAAAGUUAUUGUCUACUGUAAAGGGAAAUCAGGUUAAGUUAUCUUUACCUGAGAAAGAAUUGGCUGGUCUGCAAUAUCUAGGAGGCUAUGUUUUACAUAAUCUGCACAACAAAAUAGCAAAAUCAAAGAAAAGUGAACUUUCUGAGAGCCAGCAAGCCAUGUCCUUUUUAAAAGCAGGAAAAGCAGUCAACCAAACUGAAAAAAUCUCUCUAACUUUGACAGCAUCUUUGGAUCGUGGAGGUUUAUGGACUAUUUCAGGUGAUGCUCAGGAAAUUUUCUUGAGAACAGAGCAUUAUUUUAGAGUUAAUACUUCGAAUGCUGGAUAACAACGCAUCAACAUAGCUGAAAUAGUGGAUAAAUGUUUUCAUGAUGAGGAAAUACUAUCUAGUUGUAACUCAUUAUUAUACAACUCUCAACUGAAAGGAGAUAAGAAGGUUGUAAAGGAUGUUCUCCAUAGCAUUUUAGGCUUAUAUGUAAGGGUUCGAUCAUUCUCUUUUGCUAAAGAUAUAAUUGAAAAACAUGAGAUAAAGACAAAGCAGAACAAGGCAAAAGGCCUCAGAAAGGAAAUUAAGAGGAGUACCCAAGAACAGGACAUACCAAGAGGUCCUUGAGAGUACACAAAAUACUCCCCACCCUUGUUUAGAUUAGAAAGAUUAGAAAUGGUUUUUCAUUUAAGAAAACUAUUUAAUGUUAUUUUCAAAUACUUCUGAUACUUACAUUUUCACAUUGCCAAUGACAAGUAAUUCAUAGCACAAUUUCAAUUCUAAAUUGAUAUUAAAUAUUUCAUUCUUGAACAAAACUAUACCUGUUUUGUAAUGUCUCUUAGGAAUCUUGUCUAUGCUAUAUUUCUGAAUUAAUAUUCCUAAGAUAAGACAGUUUUCAAUUUAACCUAUGAAAGAAAAAGAACUUUUCUUGCCCUGAUGCAACAACACAUAACAGAAUGAAUUUUUACAGGAUUACUAGAUUCCAGGUGAUCUUUCUAGUGCUGGUAUUUUUGUUUAGUUUUCACAAUUUGCAAACUAAUUUUUUUUCAGGCUCAAGAACACAGAACAUGACAACUGAGAAUAAAAGUCAUUCUAGGAAAUGAGAUAAUUUUCCCCUUAUUUCAUUUUAAAUAGACACUGGACAGUGCUAGAAGAUUCUGUGUUCUAUACUUUUGAACUUGAAAGUUUUUUGAAAUUGAUUGUAUCUGGCAUUGGUGAAUGAUAGAGAACCAAUGGAGAUCAGUCGUGUAAUUUGAAGUACUCUAUUAUGUUACUGUUUCUGCAAUCAUAGUUAGUAGAGGGGGUUCCCUCUACUAACUAUGCUGCAAUAAACAACAAUAAAACAAUCCAGUGAUAUAAUCCUGAUGUUUAUA